UUGUACAUACAAUGUAGAAUCCAGAUCUAGAUCUAGUAUUAUUCAAUAUGGAAAUAAAUUCAGAAUACUUUUAAAUUAGAUACUAGCAAACAUUUUAAUCGUUCAAGAGAGAAUAACCUAAUCACCCGAUCUGAGAUAUUUUUAAAAAGGACCAAUGAGUGUUUUGCUACAACUUAGACUUCUUCUGUGGAAAAAUUUGAUUCUCCGAAAACGUCAACCUCUUCGUGUCAUUGUAGAAAUCAUUUGGCCUCUUGCACUCUUCUUGAUAUUAAUAACCGUCCGGUUUAGACCCGGGAUUAGGGAGAAUAUUGGAGAAUGUCACUACACUGCACGAGCCAUGCCAUCAGCUGGAAUUUUCCCAUUUCUCUCAACUUAUGUAUGUAAUUUUAAUAACGAUUGUUACCACAAUGCUGGUGAAGCAGAUACUCAAAAUAAAGCUCAGUUAAAUGGAUCUACUUUCAAGAAAGUACUUGAUGUUCUCCACGCCAUAAAUACCGUCAGCAGUCUGGAUGCAUUAUCAAAUCUUCAAGAGAAUCUACAGCUUUUGACUGAACUACAAAAUGUUUCUCUGGACCAAGUCCCUGAAAUAGAAUCCCUUAAGUUAGCCGAUUUGAUAUCACACAGACAAGAGUUAUUAGAUACUUCUUCUAAGCAAGGCAUAAAUAUGAAACCAGGAACUAUUGAUUCUUUUUUAAAUGCUACAUUAAAUAUGGAAAAGAUGAUGCCUAUAUUGACAGACCUCAACAGUACUAAUUCGAAUUCCAUGUUGAGUUCUUUAAUACCCUUUAGCGAACAUAAAGGCCGCAGAUCUAGUAAUCAGCCAUUACCUGGCUCAGUGCAAAAACGUAUUUGUGAUGAUGAGAUAAUCUCUGAGUAUCUUUAUUUCCAAAAUGAAACUCAAGCCAAGGAAUUCAAUACGGAGUUUUGUAAUCUCACAAAUGAAAAUGCUACAGCUUUUGUCAGUAAUGUGCUGAAUGCUGUCAAUGUCAAAAAAGCAAAUACAAUGAUCAGUGAGAUCAUGGAACGUCAACCAUUUAUAACAAGUGUGGUCAAACUUAGAAACAUUAUGGAAAAACUUAGUAAUUUAUCCAGCCUCAGUGAAUUGAUGUCAAGCCUUGGGUCUCUCAUUGAAGCCUUUAACUCUGUCAACACAAGUAUAGGGCAAGUGAUGUGUGGGCAUAACAGGAAAAUCUUUGAUUUUGAUAGUAAAAAUCAGCAAGUCUUGCAAAAUAUGCAAAAAAGCAAAAAUAAAGCUCAACUGCUUAAAAAAGCUAAGGAACAACAUGAAAAAUCUGGAAUGAAUACUGAAUGUGCAGAAUUGUUUGCUAACUUUGAAACUGACACUUUUACAAGACUUGUCUGGAACCAGAUCAAACCUAUUGUUAUUGGUGUUAUUACUUUCACACCUGACUCUGUAGCUGUUCAAAAGAUAAUCAAAGAGGCUUCCAGAACUUUUGAUAGUAUAAAAAGUUUUUUUAACCUCACUCUGGGAAUUCAAGCUGCUAUUCCAAGGAUAAUGAAGUUUGCUAAGGAAGAUUGGGACCCAUUCACAAAGUUUAUUUAUAGCCCUGAAUGCAAAAACACAGAGGCUAUGUUUAAGAACUUCAGCAAAUUGUUAUCUCCCAUUCCAAAUUCUUUACCAAGUUUAAUGGCUUCAAAAAACACUAGCUGUGAAGAGAUAGCUCACAUGAUUGCCAAGAAUCAACUAAAUGACACAGAUAAAAUGUUAGAAGCUUUAAAUAGAACCGACAAACUGAUAACAAGAAUGAAGCCAUAUUUUAAGUGUACCCGCCUGGAUAAAUUUAUUGGAUAUUCAGAUACUAAAUCACUAAUUGAUGCCAGCUUAUCUCACAUUCAGAACAAAACAUUUUGGUCAGCCAUAGUAUUUGACAACAUUAGUAAUGAUUCUGAAGAGAUACCUACACUUGUUAAGUACAGAAUACGCAUGAGUCCCUAUAGUGUUGAUUCUACUGACAGAAUUAUGGAUAAGUACUGGAGACCAGGUAAUCGUGAUGGUUUCAAUUCCUUAAAGUACUGGAUCUAUGGAUUCAUAUACAUUCAAGACAUGAUUGAUCAUGCCAUCAUAAGAUUACACACCAAUGUCACACAAGAACCUGGAGUUUAUACCAAACAAGCACCAUAUGGUUGCUACAUAGAUGACAGAUUCACAUUUGCAAUAUCACGAAGUUUGCCAUUGUUUAUGGUGAUAUCAUGGAUUUAUACUGUAGCCAUGACAGUUAAAGGCAUUGUGUACGAAAAAGAGGAGAGACUAAAGGAAAUUAUGAAAAUUAUGGGUCUGAGCAAUGGUGUUCAUUGGCUUGCUUGGUUCAUUGAUGCUUUUUCGAUGAUGUUUAUGACUGUUAUUCUAUUUGUCACUUUACUAAAGGCAGGCAAAAUAUUGGAAUACUCCGAUCCUUCUGUGAUACUUGUCUUCAUGAUAGGCUUCACAUGUUCAACUAUUAGCCAGUGUUUUCUUAUAUCUGUUUUCUUUAACAAAGCCAACCUGGCGGCUGUUUGUGGGGGUUUCAUCUAUUUUGUAUUAUAUCUGCCCUACACCCAGCUGGUGCAGUUUGAAGAUGUCAUCACCACUAAUGCACGGACUUUAGCUAGCCUUUCCUCUAACAUUGCCAUGGGUUAUGCAUGCAGCUAUUUUUCUCAAUAUGAAGAGCAAGCAAUAGGAGCACAGUGGCACAAUAUUAGAGAGAGUCCAAUGGUGGACGAUACCUUCAAUCUUAAAACCUGUAUUGGCAUGCUAUAUUUAGACUCUGUCAUUUACCUCUUCCUCACCUGGUACAUUGAGGCUGUUUUUCCUGGUCAGUAUGGCAUUCCAAGAAAAUGGUAUUUCUUAAUACAGAGAUCUUAUUGGCAAGGAACUAAACAUGAGCAAAUGGAUGAACCCGACACUGAUAUGUCACUUGAUGGCUUAACUUAUAGCAAUGACAAUUUUGAAAAAGACCCAACUGGUCGUCCCAUAGGGGUGGCAGUAAAAAACUUGCGUAAAAUUUACAACAAAGGCGACAAGAUUGCUGUAGAUGGACUUACUCUUAAUUUCUAUGAAGGUCAGAUCACCUCAUUUCUGGGCCACAAUGGUGCGGGUAAAACAACAACCAUGUCAAUCUUAACUGGACUUUUCCCACAAACAUCUGGAUCAGUUUACAUUUAUGGACACAACAUUUUGACAGAUGCAGAUAAAGUUAGGUGUGGAUUGGGCAUGUGCCCACAACAUAAUGUGCUCUUUGACCUUCUAACAGUUGAAGAGCACAUCUGGUUUUUUGCUCGACUCAAAGGAAGAAGUGAUGUUCAAGUCAAGGAAGAAAUGGAGAAGAUGAUCCAAGAUGUUGGACUGGUUAAAAAACAAAAGGAAAUGUCAAAAUAUUUAUCUGGUGGAAUGAAACGUAAACUUUCUGUGGCAAUUGCAUUUGUUGGGGGCUCUAAAACAGUUAUUCUUGAUGAACCAACUGCAGGUGUUGAUCCUUAUGCUCGCAGAGCCAUCUGGGAGUUGUUGCUUAAGUUUCGCAAAGGUCGUACAAUCAUCUUGUCCACUCACCAUAUGGAUGAAGCUGAUGUACUAGGUGACAGAAUAGCAAUCAUUUCUCAAGGAAAACUUUGUACUGUUGGCACCAGUUUGUUUUUAAAAAAAAAAUUUGGAAGUGGAUACUAUUUAACUUUAGUCCCUCAAGAAAAUGAUGGGGCACAGAGCUUAAAUAAUGAUCAUCUUAGUUUGGAAACCUCAUCUAUACCUGUUAGUAGUUCUUUAAAGAAGUCACGGUCACUGGUGUCAGAUGUUUCUUUUAUUGGCAGUUCUGUAGAUAGUGCAAUAGCACCAGGUUUAAAACCUAAAAUUAAAGUAAACGGGUACUACUUGCCGCAGUUGAUUUCCUUCAUUCAAACAUAUUUUCCUGAUGCUCUGCUGGUAAAGGAUAACAACUUGGAAGUCUGCUUCAGGCUGCCAGAGGGUGACAAUCACAUUAAAAAAUGCAAAACACUGUGUGCUGCUCUACAGGAAUAUCAUCUUGAACUUGGAAUUUCAAGUUAUGGAAUUUCUGAUACUAGUUUGGAAGAGGUAUUUUUAAGAGUUGCUCAGCAGAAUAAUGUUUUUGAUCAGGACAAGAAAAUAGUUAAAGAUAUGAAUGAAACUUCAGAUGCUCAAGAAGUCCAAACUGACAGGAAAUUCAAUGGAGAAGUCAAGAUCACAGGGAAUACAUUAAUUCUCAGACAGUUGAUUGCUAUUUUUUUAAAACGUUUUCAUCAUGCCCGUCGCAGUAGAAAGGGUUUUAUUAGUGAGAUCAUUUUGCCUGCUGCAUUUGUCUGUUUGGCCAUGUUUUUUUCUCUGCUACUUCCACCCCAAUUUGAAUCUGAACCUUUAGAACUUCAGCCUUGGAUGUAUGAACCCAUUAAAGGAGAUGAUUUUUUAUACUCAUUUUACAGCAAUGAGGAUCCAACUAAUUUAUUAACCACUACAUUGGGUGAAAAUCUGUUACAUGAACCGUUCUAUGGUACAAGAUGCAUGAAUUCAAGUAUUUAUCAGAUAAAGAAUAAACCUUGUAUUCCAUUGCCUAAGAUGGAAUGGCAUGGAAGUCAUCUGAAGGAGAAUAUGAAUGGUAGCCCAGCAUGCUCUUGUAAAACUGGCUUUCAAAGUUGUCCAGAAGGAGCUGGAGGCCCAGAGCCACCAAAAAUAAAAUUGUGGACAAAAGAUUAUCUUUAUAACACGACAAAUCUGAAUCUGUCUGAUUGGCUGGUAAAAACCUACAGCAAAUACCAAAAAAGAAGAUAUGGAGGCUACAGUUUUGGACAUAGCAAUAAAGUAAAAGUAUUAACAGCUGAAGAACUCUCAAACACUGUAGAUCGACUAAAAAGAACUGCAGAGAGCAAUAAAUCCAUUUAUCAUGGAAACGCUCAACUUAUACAUGAUGCUGGAGAAGCUUUAAAAUAUUCUUUUGCUUCUGAAACAGUCACAGUUUGGUUCAAUAAUAAAGGAUGGGCAGCAUCUGUUUCCUACAUGAAUGCACUUAAUAAUCUUAUUUUACGUACAUUGCUGUCAGCAAAUAAAACUCCAAACAACUAUGGAAUUGUAGCUAUUAAUCACCCAAUGAUACUAACUAGCCAGGAAAUCCAAAUUGAAACAAUACACAGAAACGCAGUAAAUGUUGUAGCAUCAAUAUGUGUCAUAUUUGCCAUGUCCUUUGUACCUGCCAGUUUUGUACUUUACCUAAUUGAAGAGCGUGUGUCCAACAGCAAACAUUUGCAGUUUGUAUCAGGAAUCAAACCAACUGUCUACUGGCUGGCCAACUGGGCUUGGGAUAUGCUGAACUAUGCUGUUCCAGCUGUGUUAUGUGUUCUCAUCUUUAUUGCAUUUGGUAAAGAGGCUUAUGUUUCAGCCACAAAUUUGCCUUGUCUUAUUGUUUUAUUAUUUUCUUAUGGCUGGGCCAUGACACCAAUGAUGUACCCAUUCUCCCGUUUGUUUGAUGUUCCCAGUUCAGCUUUUGUUGCUCUGUCUUGUGCCAAUGUUUUUUUUGGCACUGUAUCAACUUUAGCAACAUUUAUCCUAGAAGUUCUCUCCUUUAAUGACCCUGAACUGGCAAAUGUAAAUGAUAUUUUAAAGCAAGUGUUCCUGAUGCUGCCUCACUACUGCUUAGGUCGAGGUCUAAUUGACAUGGCUGCGCUCCAGCUUACGUUUGAUGCCAUAGCUAGGUUUGAAGAAACCUAUCACUAUAAUGUCUUUGAAUGGAGCAAUGUGGGACGCAAUAUAUUUGCUUUAAUUAUCCAUGGGCUAUUAUUUAAUGUGUUGAAUUUGUUGAUGGAAUACAAGUUUUUCCUUUCUUGGGAAUGCUUGUCCAAGCAACCAGCAUUAAAAACUAGGUAUGAAGAUGUGGAUGUUGCUAGAGAGAAGCAAAGAGUUUUGUCAGGUGGGGCUGUAAAUGAUGUUUUGAGACUUGAAGGACUUACCAAAGUGUUUUGGAAACCUGGAAAAAAAGGUAAAAUAACAGUGGUUGAUCACUUAUAUUUGGGAGUACCUAAGGGUCAAUGCUUUGGUCUGUUGGGAGUCAAUGGUGCUGGUAAGACAACAACAUUCAAAAUGUUGACUGGGGGCAUUACUGCAACAUCAGGAGAUGCAUUCAUUCAUUCUUACAGUAUAAAUGACAAAGUUAAAGUCUGUAAGCACAUGGGCUACUGCCCUCAAUUUGAUGCUCUAGACCCACUACUGACUGGCAGAGAACAUCUCGAGUUCUAUGCCAGGGUAAGAGGAGUUGCGGCUGAAAAUAUUCAAUCUAUUGCAGACUGGGCUAUAAAAAGAUUAGGACUUGUGCGCCAUGCUGAUAAAAUCUCUAGCAGCUACAGUGGUGGGAACAAAAGAAAAUUGUCUACUGCUAUAGCUCUCAUUGGAAAUCCACCUAUCAUUUUUUUGGAUGAGCCAACUACCGGCAUGGACCCUGCUGCAAGAAGGUUUCUAUGGAACUGCAUCAACAACAUUGUCAAGUCUGGGCAUUCAGUAAUCCUGACAUCUCAUAGCAUGGAGGAGUGUGAAGCUCUUUGUAACAGACUUGCCAUUAUGGUCAAUGGAACAUUCCAAUGUUUGGGAAGUAUACAACACCUCAAAAAUAGAUUUGGCAAUGGCUACACCAUAAUAUUGCGUGUGAGUGGAGAAAAUCCUGAUGUGAAUUCCAUUGGGGAGUUUAUUUCUUUACAUUUGCCAUCAGCCAGACUUAGAGAACAACAUUGUAACAUGCUGCAG